GCCCUGCUUUUUUUAGAGACCAUAUAUAUAUGUGUGUGUGUGUGUGUGUGUGUUUGUAGCCAGAUAAGCAAGAAAAAUCAGCAUAAGAAGUAUUUUCUUAUCUUUUCUAUUCCCCUACAGAAAUAUUAAUGGCUUUCUGUCUUUCUUCUUCAACGUCCUUCAUCCAUCCUCAACUCCAGCCUAUUGUUGCCAAAAUGACUCUCUUCGACACCUUUUUGUUCUAUGUUAUACACUUUUUGGACAAGUUGGAAUUGUGGUACAGACUACCAGUUCUACUUGGAGCAGCAUACUUGGGCAUUAGGAGGCACCUGCAUCAGCGUUAUAAUCAAUUGCACGUCGGAAAAAUGGUCGGAAAAGAAUACGACAACGGAGAAAUUUGGUACCGGACGCCGGACGGGAAAUGCAAUCACCCUAAUGACGAUCUGAUUGGAAGCCAAGGAACAUUUUUUGGCCGCAACAUGCCUCCGUCGACUUCAGGAUUUGGGUUGCUGGAGCCUCAUCCUAUGGUUGUGGCCUCAAAGCUUUUGGCAAGGAAGCGGUUUAUAGAUAAUGGAAAGCAAUUCAACAUGAUUGCCUGCUCAUGGAUACAAUUCAUGAUACAUGACUGGGUUGAUCAUUUGGAGGACACUGAACAGGUGGAGAUCAGAGCUGCUGAAGAAAUUGGUAGCGGCUGUCCACUCAAGUCAUUCAAGUUCUUUAAGACCAAGAAAGUUUCCACAAGUUUGCCUCACAUAAAGACUGGAUGUUUAAACACAAGAACUCCUUGGUGGGAUGGUAGUGUGCUUUAUGGGAAUGACAAUGAAGGUAUGAGAAGAGUAAGGACAUUCAAAGAUGGGAAGCUGAAGAUCUCAGGGGACAUGCUUCUUGAGCAUGAUGAGCAAGGUAUUCCUAUCUCUGGCGACGUUCGAAAUUGCUGGGCCGGGUUCUCCCUCCUACAAGCCUUGUUUGUCAAAGAACACAAUGCUGUUUGUGACAUGCUAAAAGCGCAUCACCCAGAUAUUGAUGAUGAGAAGCUCUACAGGCAUGCAAGACUGGUGACUUCAGCUGUCAUUGCUAAAGUCCACACAAUAGAUUGGACUGUUGAACUCCUAAAGACUGAUACUCUUUUAGUAGGGAUGAGAAUCAACUGGUAUGGAUUAUUGGGGAAGAGAUUUAAAGACAUGUUUGGGCCAAUUUUUGGACCAAUACUAAGUGGAUUGGUUGGUCUGAAGAAGCCCAGAGAUCAUGGGAUUCCUUAUUCACUAACUGAAGAGUUUGUGAGUGUAUACAGAAUGCAUUCACUUCUACCUGACAAAUUCAUCCUUAGGGAUAUCAAAUCUAGAGCUCCAGAAGAUAAAUGCCCUCCUAUUCUAGAAGAGAUUCCAAUGGAGGAAAUGGUGGGCAAAGAAGGCGAGAAAAGACUGUCAAAAAUUGGAAUGGAGCAAAUGCUGGUAUCAAUGGGUCAUCAAACUUGUGGAGCAGUCGCAUUAUGGAACUAUCCAUCAUGGAUGAGAAAUCUUGUGGCCCAUGACGCCAAUGGAGAAGAUAGACCAGACCCUGUUGAUAUGGCUGCCCUAGAAAUUUACAGAGAUAGAGAGAGAGGAGUUGCUCGGUAUAACGAGUUCAGAAGGAACUUACUAACGGUUCCCAUUACCAAGUGGGAAGAUUUGACAGAUGAGGAGGAAGUUGUCGAAGCACUUCGCGAGGUUUAUGGAGAUGAUGUUGAGAAGCUUGACUUGCUUGUGGGUCUACAUGCAGAAAAGAAGAUAAAAGGCUUUGCCAUUAGUGAAACUGCUUUCUAUAUCUUUCUACUUAUUGCAUCAAGGAGGCUAGAAGCAGAUCGCUUUUUCACAACCGACUUCAACUCGGAAACCUACACAGAGGAAGGCCUUAAAUGGGUUAACACGACAGAGACUUUAAAAGAUGUGAUUGAUAGGCACUUCCCGGACAUGGCAAGGAAAUGGAUGAGGUGCUCUGGUGCAUUCUCAGUGUGGGACUCGAUGCCAACUCUCCCAAAUUAUGUACCACUAUAUUUGCGACCAGCUACCUAGUCGUCGCAUAUGUUUUCUUUUUCCUUUUCUUGUAGUUUUUUUUUUUUUUUUUGGUAAAUGUUUUAUACGUAUUGAUAUAUAUGGUGAUAAUAUGAAUAAUUUUACUAGGGCUUGCUUUUAGUAAAGCAGAAAUGGAGCACUUGCAACAGCCGACUGCGCUGAUCUUUAAUACUUGGAAAAAACAUGUACCUGAAAUUGUGGCGAUAAGUAAUGAUAAAUGAUGUAACUAAGAUUAUGAAUGAAGGGAUAAUUGCAACAGGAGAAUGGCAUUUAGAUUGCCUAAACUGUUGUAGCUGCAUUUAGA